AUGUCUCCUGAUAUUCCCAUACCAUCGACGCAUACCGCCAUCAUUCAACAUGGAGGCGGCGAGUUGAAAGUUACUCAUGGCAUUCCCGUGCCCAAGGUCUUGCCCGGAUGGCUCCUCGUUAAAAACGCAGCGGUGGCGCUCAACCCGUGCGACUUCAAGAUGGCCGCCCGGUUCCCCACGCCGGGACUCAAGAACGGAGUCGAUUUCGCCGGUACCGUAGCCGCCGUCGGAGACGGUGUGACAGAAUUCGAAGUGGGUGAUCGUGUUUUUGGCUGCGUUCCGAGCAACAAACAGGACGACCCAGAGUCUGGCUCUUUCGGACAGUAUAUCAAGGUUGAAGUUAUUUACGCCCUCCGCAUCCCGCCGGAUACUUCGUUUGAGCAGGCCCUUGCCUUUGGCCCGGCCUGCGUGUCUACAGUGGCGUUGGCGCUACACGAGUGUCUCAAGAUUCCCGCGACGCCGGACGAGAUUGCCGACUACAAAGGGCACAAGCCAGGUGAGACGGUUCUCGUCUAUGGAGGAAGCAGCUCCGUCGGCCUCAUUGCUAUACAGCUCCUCAAGUUAUGCGGCUACAGCGUGGUUACGACCUGCUCGCCGCACAAUUUCGACCUCGUGAAAAAGUACGGCGCCGACGCAGUCUUCGACUAUCACUCCCCCACGUGCGCAGCCGACAUCAAAGCCUACACCCGCAACAGGCUCAAGCGCGUCAUCGAUCCCUUUGGAGAGGCCGCCACCACUUCCCUGUGCUACGAGGCCAUCGGACGUGCCGGUGGGACGUAUUGCGCCCUCGAGCAGUACCAAGAGUCGCUCUGCACGCGGCAAACCGUCCACCAUCAACUAGUCAUGGGACCCGCCAUCUUAGGGCGAGGUGUUUUGCUCCCCGAGCCGUAUGGCAUCGCGCCCGAUCCGGAGCUUCAUGAGUGGUCGAAGCGAUUUUAUCGAAGCCUCCAGACGCUUAUUCAAGAUGGCACGCUCAAGCCUCUGCCGAUUCGGGUCUUGGAACCGGCUGGCUUCGACACGGUUUUGUCGGGUUUGGAGAUACUCAAGGCGAAACAGGUUUCGGGGAGCAAGUUGGUCGUUCCAGUAGCAGCGCAGUAG